AAGUCCUUGAGCUUGCUUUUACCCUAAUACAUAUAUCCAGUCUGUGUUCAAUGUUCCCUUUCCCUCAUGAUCAUCAAAACAAAGAUUUGGAAUUCCAAACAUCUUCGACUCCCCACCAAGAAGAUUUUAUGCAGCAGAAUCUGAUCAUGAUGGGGGGUAGCCAUGAGGUUUUGCCAUCUGAUUUGCAGGGAUGUGGUCUGUCCAAUAUUAAUAUCAGUGAAGCAAAUAUUAAUAAUGUGGCUACUGAUCCUCACCAAAGGAAGAUCAUGCGUAGGGACAACGAGCGCCAAAGAAGACAAGUUAUGGGGAUUCAUACUGCAUCACUCCGAUCCCUCCUCCCUCUUGAGUUAAUCAAGGGAAAACGCUCAAUCUCCGAGCAAAUCAAUGAAGCAGUGAAUUAUAUAAAGCAGCUGAGAGAGAAGAUACAGAGACUGAAUACCAAGAGGGAAGAGCUAAGAAGGGUGUUUAAACAAUACAGUAGUUCUGCACAUGACUUCAAUCCUGAAAUUGAAGGAAAUUCGGGUACCAAGAGUACUUCCGAUAUCAUGGUUGGCCCAACAUGUUGGGGUGGAGUAGAAAUUGUGGUAAGUACUAGUAAUAAAAAUUGCAGUGAGCUAGAAGGGUUUGCUCUUUCAGGAGUACUGAAAGCAUUGCUCGCGGAGGGGCUUAGCGUUGUAAAGUGUGUUUCCACCACAGUCAAUCAGAGGUUGUUUCACACAAUUCAGUGUGAGGUCGACGAUUUGUCAUGUCAGAAUUUAACUGAGCUGCAACUGAAACUGAAGUUUAUCUGCGAUUCCGGCUAGUCAGCAUAUGGCAUUUUAUAUGGGAGAUAGGUAUGCACUUCACUACGUUAAUUGAUCAUCUUUGAUCAGAACGAAGCCUAUUAUAAGUUGUUUGUUGUGUUUGCUUGGUGUUCAACCUAUCAUAUACUAUAUAUGUCUCGCUCUUUUGUGUUGCUUUAUUUUGACUUGAGUUUUGUGAAACCUAAUUACUGUACAAUGUUUAUGAACUUGGAUAACUAA